UAGAUCGGAUUAAUCGUGUGCCAAUCGGUAUCGUCCCGGUCGAUGUGAAGACGCGAUCCGGUCGCAUUCCAAUCCCGAAAUCCGUCUAGGUGCAUCCUCGCUCCCAUAAAUAAACCCCAUCUCGUCGACGAGCCAAAGGGAUUUUCGUCAGCGUUCAACUUCAACCUUCUUCCCUUACCGUUCAUGGAGGCUUCACGCCGUACGCUUUCUCGCCCCACCCGGUUUCUCCGUGUCCGCUGCUUCCGCUGUUUCCGAUGUUUUUGUAGCUGUCGCUGCUGCUCUUAGAUCGCCAAUUUGUAGUUUUAGGUCUUGGUUGGUUUUUACAAGUUAUCGUGGUAUGGAUCUCUCCCAAUCUCAAUCCAAUUUGUCGCUAGGGUUUCAUGAGCACCGCUUACCGAUUGCCGACGAUGUCUCAUCACUUCAAACUGAUGCGAGUCUUCGACCGAUUCCGCUGCAACUGCUUGACCAGCAGUCGGAGAAUCGUUGGAACGGCUCCGGCGGGAUCGAGGACGGAGAAGAUUCCGUGGACGGGCAGAGGGAGGAGGAAUUCAGUAUCCUUGGAUACCCGAUGAGCCUCAAGCGGCAACGAAGGGGUGAUUCCCUGUCUUCAUGCUCAUCAUCUUCUGCUUUGCAUCCUUCAAAGAGAGCUUCAGUGGAGCCGGAUCUCGAUAAGCGUAGGACUGUAGUGCGUUCUUGGGGGAACCAAACCUUGUCCGUGGCCGAUCCCGCUGUGCAUGAGAUUAUGGAGAACGAGAGACAGAGACAGACCAGGGGGAUUGAGCUAAUUGCCUCUGAGAAUUUUGUUUGCCAGGCCGUCCUUGAUGCCCUAGGGAGCCAUCUGACGAAUAAGUACUCGGAGGGGAUGCCGGGUGCUAGGUACUAUGGUGGUAAUCAAUAUAUUGAUCAGAUUGAGCGUCUUUGCUGCGAAAGAGCAUUGGCUGCGUUUGAUCUUGAUGCGGAAAGCUGGGCCGUGAAUGUUCAGCCUUAUUCUUGUACAUCUGCAAACUUUGCUGUUUACACGGGGCUUUUGCAGCCGAAGGAUAGGAUUAUGGGACUGGAUUCUCUCUCAGGCGGGCAUGUGAGCCAUGGGUACUUGACGCCAGGUGGGAAGAGGAUAUCAGGGGCUUCAAUAUUCUUCGAAAGCCUUUCCUAUAAGGUUAAUGCGCUCACAGGAUAUAUUGAUUAUGACAAGGUUGAGGAGAAGGCAAUGGAUUUUCAUCCAAAGAUAUUGAUUUGUGGGGGUAGCUCAUACCCAAGGGAGUGGGACUAUGCAAGGUUUAGGCAGAUUGCUGAUAAAUGUGGCGCUGUACUAAUGUGUGACAUGGCUCAAAUCAGCGGGCUUGUUGCAGCCAAGGAAUGUCUUAGCCCAUUUGAUUAUUGUGAUAUUGUCACUUCAACGACACACAAAAGUCUCCGCGGACCGAGGGGUGGUAUGAUAUUUAUUAGGAAAGGGAAAAAGCCUAGGAAAAUCGAUCAAUAUGAUUUUGAGGAUAAAAUAAACUUUGCCGUGUUUCCAUCAAUGCAAGGAGGGCCUCAUAAUAACCAUAUUGCUGCAUUGGCCAUUGCUUUGAAGCAGGUGGCUUCUCCCGAGUAUAAAGCAUAUAUCCAGCAAGUCAAGAAAAAUAUACAGGCAUUAGCAGCUGCUUUAUUGAGACGGAAAUGCAGAUUGGUUACUGGUGGCACUGAUAACCAUAUGUUACUUUGGGAUCUAAGAACCUAUGGUCUGACAGGCAAAACUUUUGAGAAAGUAUGUGAGGCAUGCCAUAUCAGCCUGAACAAAACUCCUAUUUUUGGUGAUUGUUCUGCAGGAGUCAGAAUAGGUUCUCCUGCAAUGACUACAAGGGGCUGCUUGGAAGAAGACUUUGAGAUUAUUUCUGAAUUUCUAAUUAGAGCCGCGUGUAUCGCAAGCACUCUACAAAGGGAACUCGGGAAAGCGCAGAACGAGUUUUUCAAGGGUCUCAAGACCAACAAGGAAAUUAUGGAGUUACGCAACCAAGUAGAAGCCUUUGCCAUGCAGUUUGCCAUGCCAUGCUUUGAUAUUUGACUUUUGCAAAAUCAAAAUUCACAAAUCUUUGUAUAAAAAUUUAUUGAAAUUUACACGCACCUGCUCCCUUUUUGAGCUUACAGUUAGCUUUUGCUGCUUUGUCUACAGGUCAAACUACUAUGUUGUAGAUAGAAUACCCCUUGAAUAACAUUUUGAUGGGAAGUGGGUGCUUCAUUUUGUAUUU